AUGGCCGACAUUCCCCAAUCACAUUCGGCUACCAAACCUAAGAUAUUCAGCGAAGAAAACUUGCUAGGUUUCCAAGAUCAUGGAAGUAUAAUCGUUGGAUAUCUACGGGAACCAAAAGAGGAAUUGGAUGUUAUCUCUACCAUCGGUAUGCCAGGUUUGGGGAAGACAACGCUGGCACGAAAGAUAUUCAAGAGCGAUUUUGUGAAGCAUGAAUUCCCUAAUCGCAUCUGGGUUAAUGUUUCUCAGAAACCGAAUAUCAGGAAUGUGCUGCUCAACAUUCUCAAGGAAUUCACGAGCGACGACGUUUCGGGUCUAUCGGAUCCUACACUAAUGGAGACGGUUGAGUAUUACCUAAAGGAGAGGAAGUUCUUUUUAGUCUUAGAUGAUGUGUGGACUACGGAUGCUUGGAAUGAUAUCAGAAACGUUUUGCCCGAGAGCAACAACAUGAGUAAUGUCCUCAUCACCAGCUGCGAGAAGAGUGUUGGAGAAAAAGCUACGAGAUCCUACGAGCUACCUCUCUUGACGGGUCCACAAAGUUGGGAACUUCUGCAGUACCAUGUCUUUGGUGAACUCGGCAAGUCUCACCGUGAUUUGAAAGCUGUUGGGGAAUGUAUAGCCCGUAAUUGUCAUGGAUUUCCACUUUCGGUUAUGCUUAUAGGAGGAAUUCUUGCGGGACAAGAUGAUGAGAAUAUAAGUGCGAUAAAAGAAGAGUGGCUUAAGGUGUCGAAAUUCUUGAAAAAUGACAAGAAGAAGCAGGUGUCGGAUAUUGUGGAACUAAGCUACAACAAACUACCUGAUGAAUUGAAAGAUUGUUUGCUAUAUUUUGCGGUGUUUCCAGAAGACUAUGAGAUCUCUGUUUGGAAAUUGAUCCGCUUGUGGAUUGCAGAAGGACUCAUACAAGGGAAGAACCCGGAGGAAACGGUAGAAGAGUAUGUGAAAGAUUUAAUAAGCAGGAACUUAGUGAUGAUUGUUAAAAGGACUUCCAAAGGCGAGGUCAAAACAUGUCGCGUUCAUGACGCCGUACAUGCAUUCUGUGGCUUAAAAGUUUUACAAGAGCAGCAAAGGUUCUUCCUUGAAAUGAAAUGUGUGAAUGGAGAUCUUGUCCCACCACUCUCUGAGAUUGGCAAACCCCGCCGACUUUGUAUCCAUUCUGAUCUUGAGCCUUCUCCAGCUCUUGUAGUCUACACUAAGAAUAAAUCCCUACCAAUGAAAGCAAAUAUAUGGAAGAUGGUGCAGCUGAGGCAUCUGAAAACAAAUGCUGUAAUUACAGAAAUUGCCGAAGGGGAUGGUGGAGGCUUCCACUCUCUCCAUUUCUUGCUCAUUGAAGAUACAAAGCUAUUUAAUCUGGAAAUGAUAGUUUUCCUAAACUUAGGUCUCUUGUGCUUAGAAAGUGCAAGGAACUUGAAAGAAAUCCCCGACGGUGUGGUGGGAAGCCUGGAGAAGUUGAACAUAGAGCACCUAUCAGCAUCUGGUGUUGAAACUGCCAAGAAAAUAGAUGAGAUGAAAAAUGCAAAUCAACCAUGUUCAAGCUCACCAUAG